AUGAAGGGGAGCUUACUCAUUGUUUUUGUCACACUGUUAGCGUCUUCCUUUUGCUUCCUUCUUAAGGAGAAGAAUGGUUUAUUAGGGUUCACGAGGAACAACUCCAUCGGGGGGAGAGCAAUUAAGGGUAGGGGUAUUGGGAGGAAGUUCCUAAUCAGAUGGAGGGAAGGAUACGUGUGUGAUCAUGGGGGGGCGAUCCAAGAAGGAGUUGUGCAUACGCACGACAACUCGAGUGAGCAUAUGCAGGGGGAUAACUCAUCCCUAGGUCAAGGACCCCCCAAAGAGGAAACUCUUCACCAUCCUCCGACAAGGAAAAAAUUUUUGAAUGCGCAGAAGGAAGACGAUUACUAUCACCUGUAUCUGCACCACAUAUACAAAAAGGUAAAACUUAUUAAGAAGCAAAAAUAUUUGUACAACCCUUCUAAGUACGAAUCCGUUAGGUCCUACAUCAAGCGAGAGUUGAAAGAAUGCCUGGACAUGAACACCGCCGCGUACCUCUUCAAAGCAACCGAGUACUAUGCGAAAGGUGUGUUGGAUGUCUCCGUGUAUGUUAGCGAAGUGAUCCACCUCCUCAGCUUCUUCACCUUCAACGACAAAUGCAACUUGGACGGUGAGGAGGGGGGUGACGGCGGCGUGGGUGUGCAUAGCGACAGCGUGGGGGUGGAUAGCGGCGUCGUGGGGGUGCGUGGCGGAGGCCAUGGUGCUGACGAGCAGGUGGGCGUGGAUGAACAAAUGGAGCAGAUCCUCAAGGGGGGUGGGAAAAACGACACGAACGAGAAGAGUGGAAAGACAAAAAUGAACAAGCUGAUCGAGAAAGACGAAAAGUACAAGUCCUUCUGCCUGUACUUCACCCGGCUAGUUGACUCGGUGAGCGGCUUGUUCUGCUGCAUUGGAAAAAGAAGUAAGCGAGAAGAAAUUAUCACCUACCUCAAGACCUCCAACUUAACAGACAACUGGCAGAAUUAUAACACGGAGGACCUAAACCUAGAUACUAAUUUCAUGAUAUACAUAAUUAGGCUUAUAAAAUACAAGGACCCCAACUACCUAUGCUCCUUGAAACGCUUGAAGGAGUACACGGUGGAGCAGGUAAAGGAGAUCUUCCUCAACUGUAUGCGAGACGGUUUGCUUGACUUGGACUAUUUGAUCAUUCUGCAAUCGGAGUUCUUGGCCAGAGAAAACACCCGCGGACAAAUGGCUACUCCAAUUUUCGCUCCGUCAAGUGAGGGUAGCGGUGUCAGCGGGGAAGAAACCCAAAUCAAACACGAACAUCUGCGCAAGCUAGAGCAGAACUAUGAAGCACUCCUUAAGAAGUACACCUCAAAACAGAAGGAACAGAAAAGGGGGGAGCUUAGCGAUGAUCAGCUGAAAAAUGUCAUUAAUGAAAUUUUGGAAAAAAAUGCAUUUCUGGUUAAGGGAAAAUCGGACAAGCUAGCUAAAAAAAAAAAAAAAAAAAAAAAAAAAUGCAAACCAACUUGUGGAAAACCUAAUACGUAUGGAUCUACAUGA